AGAUUGGAAUGCUGCGGGACUAAGAGUGCCGAGCUUCGACGGUGCGUAGCUUGGCAAUUUCAGACAUGGCUGUCAACAGAGUGAUGGUCGUGUUCUCGGUCGCUUCGAUGCUGAUGUGGGUUCUUCCGAUCGGCGUGCUGCAAGCCUUCAACUGGAAUCUGAUACCAGGCCUGGAGGAUAUGUCUCCAAAAUCACGCACGCUGUGGAGCGGUGGGAUAGCCGUCGUCUGUGUCAACGUGAUCAUUGCUGCUUACAUAUUCCUGGCUCUUCAAGAACCUGCCCCUGCCGCCGAGCCGCAACCGGAUCCAGUCUUUUUGCGGAGAGCGAAGGAAAGCGUAGCUGCGGUUACUGCAAAGCCUUCGACCUCAGAGCCGGGAAAGAGCGGCCAAGCCGAGGCCGAGAAAGGUGUGAAAGCUGAAUAGGUUUGCGGGUUUCGAUGUUGGCGAUCUCGGCGGUGGAUGCUUGGGCUUCUCCAGAUUACGCCCGUCUUGACUUUGUUGUAAGGUAUCAUGGAAAUUGCCAUCUUUCAUCACCCUCUGUCGCUCUUUUACCUGGUUGAUCUGCCGUAUCAGGAAUAGCGAAAGAAAUGUCGCGGUGUAUGCCUUUCAUCUCGUUCGAAACGCUGACAUGCUGCUAGGGGGUUGCUGAAACUUUUGACAAGAGUGUCAGGGUGAACAUUUCACCUUAAGAUCAAUACGCCGAGUGAGUUUUGAACCUCCUCCUGUACCCAUUGUCGAGACAUUUGGUGGGGUUCCUAAAGAAAUAGAACACGGUAGAGAAUGUCAUCAGUCAAGUUGAUGUAAGAAAUCCAACGGCCGUCUGAGAAAAAAAAGGGUGUACGAACACAAUAUUUGACAUCGUUCUCGCGGAUGUAUGGAAGAAGAGCGUCUCAACGAUCUCAUGACCUGAAAUCAGUGCGGUGGCCUUCACAUUGUAAUAAAAGCAGUCCGGCAAGUAGACAGCGUUCG